UUCUGAGUGUUUGAGCUGUUGACUUAGGCCGUUGUUUCGGCCCAGAGUUCCCGCAGUAAUGGCGAGUCAGUCGCAGGGCAUCCAGCAGCUACUGCAGGCCGAGAAGCGGGCGGCAGAGAAGGUGUCCGAGGCCCGCAAGCGAAAGAACAGGAGGCUGAAGCAGGCCAAAGAAGAAGCCCAGGCUGAAAUUGAACAGUACCGCCUGCAGAGGGAGAAGGAGUUCAAGGCCAAGGAAGCUGCGGCACUGGGGUCGCAUGGCAGCUGUAGCAGUGAGGUGGAGAAGGAGACCCAGGAGAAGAUGACUAUCCUCCAGAACUACUUUGAGCAGAACAGGGAUGAAGUCCUGGAUAACCUCUUGGCCUUUGUGUGUGACAUCCGGCCAGAAAUCCAUGAAAACUACCGCAUAAACGGAUAGGAGGCAGAAGCGCCUGUCUGUGGGUUGGCAUGAGAUCUGCCCCCACAGAACAGGAAACCUCCACAGAGCUUGAGUUCUGUUCUGGAAGGCAUUAAAUUAUUUCUCUAUGCUGUUGUAGGACCCUUCACUUUUUGAGAGUAUCAAAUCUAGCUUUUUGUACAGACUUAUUACAUACCUGAAGUUUCAUCUUCUUA